AUGGCCCCAUCGGCUGAGGGCCUGGGGCGGGAGCUGGAGGCCGCAGCGCAAGAGGUGCUAGGAAAGCUGCAGAGCCGGGAGCUCUUCCAGUCGUCGUGGGACACAGCCGCCUUUGUUGUCUUCCUCACCUUCGUCGGCACGGUGCUGUUCCUGCUGCUGCUCGUGGUCAUCCACUGCUGCUGCUGCAGCUGCUGCGGCGGUUCCCCCAGGUCCCACAAGGUGAGCCCACUGGCCUCCCUGUGCCUGGGCAUUGAGCAUGGCACAGGAGUUCGGGUGCUGGCCCUCCUUCGCUUAUGGGUCAUGGGCAUCGACGUGUAG